AUGGAGUUUAUUAGAGUCCGUUUGGGCUUUGAUAGUUGUUUUGUUGUUGAGGCCCGUGGGCAUAGUGGGGGUUUGGCUUUGUUGUGGAAAGAAUCUAGUGACGUGGCUAUUCAAGGGUUUUCCUUUCAUCAUAUUGACGCUAUUGUUCAAUUGCAACACUGUGUUCAAUGGAGGCUUACUGGAGUAUAUGGGGAGCCUAGAAGAGAGCUUCGGUUCAACACUUGGAACCUCUUUCGCUCUAUUAAAGAUGCAAGCAACCUUCCUUGGUGUCUCAUGGGAGAUAUGAACAAUUUAAGCUCUAAUGAUGAAAAGAGAGGCGGCAGGCCAUACCCAGACCGACUUAUUGAUGGCUUUGUAGAAGCUUUGAACGAUUGUAACUUAACCGAAUUGCCUCUGGUGGGUUACCCUUUUACUUGGGAGAAUGGAAGGAAUGGUGAUAAUUGGGUUGAAGAAAGACUCGACAAGGCGCUAGUUACUUACACAUGGUUGUCUUUAUUCCCUCAGUCGACCCUAUACAACUUGGAAGUCUCUACUUCAGAUCAUUGUCCCAUAUUCCUGGUACUUAAAGGUGUGUCUCCUUCUGUUUCUUUUAAUACUUUUCGUUUUGAAAAUGCCUGGAUUAGAGAGCCUUUAUGCAAGCAGCUGGUUCAAGGGUGUUGGGAGGGUUCGGGUUCUAGUAAUAUUCAAGAGAAAUUACAUCGGUGUGGGGAGGUAUUGGGAAGAUGGGGAAGGGAUAUCACUGGGGACUUCAGAAAACGUAUCGACAAAUGUAAGAAACAGAUUAGAAACACCAAAUGGGGAAGAGAUCAGAGUUCAAUUCAUCAACAUAAUGAAGCGAAAGACAACCUUUCUGAAGUGUUGGCUCAGCGAGAAGUCUUUUGGAAACAAAGAUCGAAGCAAUUCUGGCUAAACUCUGGUGACAGAAAUACAAAAUAUUUCCACUCUGUUGCAAGUGCUAGAAAGAGGAAUAGUGGAAUUGGGCAACUUAAAAAUGAAAGUGGUACUUGGGUGACUUGGGGAUCGGGGUUAGAGGCAGUUAUCACAAGCUACUUUAGUGAUCUCUUUCGUUCAACAAACAUUGAUUUGGGAAACAUUUUAAAUGGUGUUCGGCCGACCGUUACAAGUGAACAAAAUGCCCAGCUCUUGCUGCCUAUUACGGAGGAUGAAGUCCGAAAUGCAUUAUUCCAAAUGCAUCCAGAUAAAUCUCCAGGGCCUGACGGUAUGACUCCGGCUUUCUUCCAAAAACAUUGGAGCAUAGUAGGCUCGGAUGUGGUUAACUUUGUUCGGGAUUUCUUCAAUGAAGGCAGCUUCCCCACGGGUAUCAAUGAUACUCACAUUGUCCUAAUUCCUAAGAAGAAAAAUCCGUCCCAAGUGGGUGACAUGAGACCGAUAUCGCUUUGUAAUGUCCUAUAUAAAAUUGCUUCUAAGGUUGUGGCCAAUCGAAUGAAAGGAAUCCUAGACUAUGCUAUCUCAGACACCCAGAGUGCUUUUGUUUCAGGAAGAUUGAUUUCAGAUAAUGUUAUGGUGGCUUUCGAGGUUAUGCACUACUUGAAGAGGAAAACAAAUGGAAGAAAAGGGUACAUGGCUCUCAAAUUGGAUAUGAGCAAAGCCUACGAUCGCGUUGAAUGGGGUUUCUUGGAAGCUAUUCUUCGUGUGAUGGGUUUUUGUGAACAAUGGAUUGGCCUCAUCAUUGGGUGUGUCAAUUCGGUUCGAUAUCAUGUGAUUAACAAUGGGCAAAAGAUGGGUCCGAUAAUUCCAACUAGAGGCAUACGCCAAGGGUGCCCGUUGUCGCCUUAUUUGUUCAUUGUAUGUGCUGAGGGUCUCUCUUCUUUGAUCAAACACUUUGAAGCCCAGAAACUUAUCACGGGAUGUAAGGUGGCUAGGAGUGCACCUCCUAUUUCCCAUCUUCUAUUUGCGGAUGAUAGCUAUGUGUAUUGUCAAGCGUCGGAGGAGGAAGCUAAUCAUGUUCUUACACUCCUCCAACUUUUUGAGAGAGCUUCGGGACAAAAAGUUAACCUUAAUAAGUCGUCAGCCUUCUUCAGUUCAAAUACAAGGGCGGAUAUCCGUAGUAGAAUCUGUGGUAUGAUGCAAGUCCAGAAAGCUGGGGCCGAUAGCAUGUAUCUAGGACUUCCAAGCACGGUUGGGCGAAACAAGAAUGCAGUGUUGGGAUUCCUAAAAGAGAAAAUGAAGAAGCGAAUAAGCAGUUGGGAGGGAAAAUUCUUAUCUCGUGCUGGUAAGGAGGUGCUCAUUAAAUCGGUAGUUCAAUCGCUUCCCUCUUAUGCCAUGAAUGUUUUUCUCUUUCCUAUUGGUACAUGUAAUGAACUUGAGAGAAUGAUGGCAAGCUUCUGGUGGAAAUCAAAAAGAGCUAACAACAAUGGGAGUGGCAUUGUAUGGAUGAACUGGGAAAGAAUGACAAGAUCAAAAGCUGCUGGUGGAAUGGGCUUCAGAAACUUGAGAGAUUUUAAUCUUGCUAUGCUUGGAAAGCAAGGGUGGAGACUCUUAUUCCGACAUGAUUCUCUUGUGAGUAAAGUUUUCAAGGCUAGAUACUAUCCACAGGGUGAUUAUUUAUCUGCUGAGUUGGGUUCUAAUCCUAGCUUUAUUUGGAGUAGCAUAUUUGCCGCGAAGGACAUAGUUAAGCUCGGCUUAAGGAAGGGAAUAGGAUCGGGAUUGACUGUGCAAAUAACCACCGAUCCUUGGUUGCCUUCUCUUGACAGACCAACGCCAAUUCCCAAUGUCCCGGGUCUUGAGAACUUCAUGGUGAAUAGCUUGUUUCAAACACAUAGUCGCUCCUGGGAUGCUGAAGUUGUUAAAGACCUUUUUACUUUCGAUGAUGCUGCUUUAAUCCUGGGCAUCCAAAUAAAUCAGGUGGUUCAGGACGACUUUUGGUACUGGUUUGCAGAGAGAAACGGACUUUACUCUGUCCGAAGCGCCUACCAAUUGAUUCAAGAUUAUAAGCAGCCCCCAUCUCCCUCAGAAGACCACCGGUUUUGGAAUAAAUUGUGGUCACUUAAAGUUCCUCCCAAAACUAAAGAUCUAGUGUGGAGAGCGGCGUCAAAUUGCUUAGCAACCAAAUCGAAUCUCUGCAUCAAGAAGGUACUGAAUGAUAACAAUUGCCCUUUGUGUGGCGUCUUCGCCGAAACUGAGCUGCAUUUGUUAGUUUCUUGUCAAUUUGCUUGGGCUUGUUGGGAGUUUUCUGGUUUUAAUGCAGCUGAUAGAAAUCCCGUGUCCUUGCUGUCAUGGCUUAGUUCCAAUGCUGCCCGAAUGGAUGAUGAGAAGCUAAGCCGAGUUGUCAUGUUGUGUUGGGCAAUAUGGUCAGCCAGAAAUGAUCUCCUUUGGAAGAAUCGGGCUCGAAGUGUAAAAAGUGUGGUUGAUUUUGCUCAAUCAAGUUUGCACCAGUUUUUGAAGGCUCAAGGCAGAAGCAACUUACCUCCUCUGUCGCCUCCGAAACCUGGUGAUGCCUCGGAGAUCUGGACCAAGCCGACUGUAGGCAUCAAGUUGAACGUUGAUGCAGCUCUCUUUGAUCAAGACCUCAAGCAUGGAUAUGGCUGCGUGAUUCGAAAUACUGAUGGUGACUUGGUUUCUGUUUUCGCUGGUGCAAAGCAAGGCAAAGUUUCUCCUGAAAUUGCAGAAGCUAUGGGCAUUAGAGAAGCUUUAAGUUGGUUGAAAAAUCACAAUUUUUCCCACGCUACUGUUGAAACCGAUAGCCUGGUUUGUGUGGCUGCCAUCCGAAGCAAUGAGAAGCUUAACUCUGGGUUCGGUUUUAUUGUGGAAGAGUGCAAGUUAAUCCUUAGAAGUUUAUUAAAUGUUACUUUAUGUUUUGUCAAACGUUCUGCGAAUCGUGCCGCGCAUUAUAUUGCCCGACACUCUUUGUCUCUAGCUGAACGUAUGUUCCCUAUUAAUAGUGUUCCUUCGGAGUUGUUGUCUAUUCUUUCGGGCGAUAGCUCUUGUUAA